AUCACAAAAACAUAUCAAUCAAUAAGACACCGUCCACGACGGGGAACGAGCGAGGUCGGUCUGAGAGAGGGCCAAUAUCUCAACCUCUCAAGCUCAGGAUCCAGAAGAAAUCGAAUCCCUAACUCGCCUCAACCCACUUAUUGCUCCAUACUCAGACAGGAAUUGAGGUGUAAAUUGGGGGAGGAGCGGUUAAUUAUAUUCACUUGGAGUUGCGGUAAUUUUGCAACGGAAGUUGAUUGCCGUCACGAAGAACGUUGUUUGCUACUUGCGGCGGAGAAGCCUCAUCAGGUUUACAUCAAAUUGUUAGUCCACAGACGAGCGUAACGCUUCCUUAAUUUGUCCUAUAGGUAUUGCAAUUUCCUUUUCUGCAGGGUGGGGCUUCAUGUAGGAUAUGUAAAGCUUACUGGAACUGAGACUUCCCUAAGGAAAAUGAAAGAGAAAACUGAAUUGCUUGUAUAGAUAUAAGUUUAAUGGUUAAUCAGAUGAAGGAAUAUAUUUUCUGGCAUACAUCUGUUGGUUUUCUUACCAAACCAAAAAAAAUAAAUAAACAUAUAUCUCCAGUUAUUUCAUUUCCAUUUCUUUUUCUUUUCCCGAAAUAAAUUCAAAUUACCAAUAUAGCAUUAGGGUUUGUGACUUGUUAGUAGAGGCUUUGUGUGUUUAUAUAUAUAAUAAGGGCUUAGUCAAUUGUCUGAUUGCACUGUUGGUGCUUUCUUCCUUUUGGUUUCUGUUAGACUUGGCCCCUCAUCAGUUUCUUUUGUAAAGUCUGUUACUCGAUUACCUAACAUUUUUGAGACAGGUGACGGACACAUCUAGCAUUAGUUGUUAUGACAAACAUGUCAAUGCAUUCAUGCUGGGGCCUGUUGGGAUAAUUCAUCCUGGUAACAUAUAGUAACUAAUUCUGUUGAUGAGGCUUCCAUAUGACUUAUCAUUCAUGCUUGGGAGCUGGUGUAAUUUUAUCUGUUUUCUUCGCAAUCUUAUAGUCAUUACCUAACAUUGUUUUCCUAGUAACUAUCUUUUCCCUGAAAAAGGAAAAAUUCUAUUUUUUUCAUCUAACAAAAAGAAAAAAUAAUUAUUUCUUAAUUAUCUUUAUGAAUGCGUGUUAUAUUUUCCUGUGAGCAGGGUGUCGGGACAGAAAGCAAAUUCAGUCUUGGGAUUCUACCUGUUAUUUGCUCUGUACCAUUCAAAGUUGUUAGAUGGCUGAGAAAGCAUGUAUAAAGCGCCUUCAGAGGGAAUAUAGAGCUCUUUGCAAAGAACCUGUUUCCAAUGUGACAGCCCGGCCUUCCCCCAAUGAUAUUCUUGAGUGGCAUUAUGUACUAGAGGGAAGUGAAGGAACUCCGUUUGCAGGUGGAUAUUACUAUGGGAAAAUCAAGUUUCCGCCUGAGUAUCCAUUUAAACCUCCAGGAAUCAGUAUGACUACUCCAAAUGGACGGUUCAUGACACAAAAGAAAAUCUGUCUAUCUAUGAGCGAUUUUCAUCCAGAAAGUUGGAACCCAAUGUGGUCUGUAUCAAGCAUACUUACUGGCCUUCUUUCAUUCAUGAUGGACAAGAGUCCCACAACUGGCAGUGUAACCACUAGCAUUGCCGAGAAGCAAAGGCUUGCAAAAUCUAGUCUUGCUUUUAAUUGUAAGAACCCGACGUUUAGGAAAAUCUUUCCCGAGUAUGUGGAGAAGUAUGAAGAGCAGCAGGUUUCAGAUCAGUCCGUUAUAGAACAUCCAUCACGGGUUCUGACUGCGCAAGAAAGGUCCAGACCUCUGUCAGAGAAAAUUGACAAUCCUAUCCAAGACAAGAAGAACAAAGUAGAAGCGCCAAUCUGGAUGAUGCUGCUGCUGGUGUCUGUAGUUGGUAUUGUAAUGGCGCUACCAUUGCUUCAACUUUGAUAGGCAAGGUUAGUGUAGCAUUAGUAACAUCCAUACAGGCUUAUGCAACGCGUUACUAAGGCCAAAUGGAGGAGGAGAGGAUCAAUUGGAUCUCUUGGUUGAUAAUAAUAUCAUCUCUUAUCAAUCCUCUUGAGUUUCUGAGUUUUCAUACAUAGGAUGCUUUACAUUGGUUUCGCUUCUUUGGUUAACUGCAGAAUUUCUCUUCAGGUGGGAUUUUUAGCAAAGUAGGAAUUGCUUGUGCUGAGAUUUACCAAAGUUUGACACUUAUACCAGCUUGCAUAUUGGAGUGAUAUUUUGUAUAUUUAUAUUGAUUAUGACACAUAAUAAUAUAAAAUAUUAUUGUAAAGUGUUA